ACCAUCCUGUUACCUGUCCCAUUACCUGCUUCGUUACCUGCCUCGUUACCUGCCUCGUUACCUCCCACCCCGUUCCCUCCCCGUUCCCCCCCCCCGUCACUCCCCGUUCCCCCCGUCCCCCUGUCCCCCCCCCGCAGGGACGGUGGCAGAGCGCCCAUGGCCGCGGCGGAAGGGACACGGGGCACCCCAGCGGUACCCGGCGUCCCCGAGGACUGCAGCAGCGACGACGCUCACGCCAUGGGCCGCGGCCCGCUGGCCGUCCUGCGCCAGGUCGCAGCCGCCUGUGCCUGCCCCGAGCUGCUCAGCAGCCCCGCUCUGCCCGAGGCUGCCCGGCACCGGGCACGGCGCGUCCUGCGGGAGAUGGACGCCGGUAACAUCGGGGGGUACAACCACGAGCACCGGGCACUGGGGGUCCCGACCAGAGUUGCCCAUUUCCUCGAGCGUCGCGACGGCGGCGUUCCCUGCAACCCCGGUAACGUCGUCCUCUGCAGCGGCACCGCCAGCAUCCUCCCGUUCGUCAUGUCGCUGUUGGUGGACGAGACGGCGGUGCAGCCGACGGGGGUGCUGGUGCCGGUGCCGGGCCCCCCGCUCCACGGGGCGGCGGCGAGGCUGGCGGGGGCCGUGGCCGUGCCGUACCCGCUGGCCGAGGAGCGGGGCUGGGCCGUGGACGGCGACGCGGUGCGGCGGGCGCUGGGGCGGGCGCGGGCGCGAUGCCUCCCCAAGGCGCUCUGCGUGGUCAACCCCGGGGACCCCACGGGGCACGUGCUGAGCCGGCAGAGCAUGGAGGACAUCAUCCGGCUGGCGGGCGAGGAGAACGUCCUGCUGCUGGCGGACGAGGUGCAGCAGGAACGAGCCUUCCUCCCCGACCGCCCCUUCCUCUCCUUCAAGCGGGUGCUGGGGGAGAUGGGUGCCCCGCUCGCCUCCACCGUCCAGCUCGUCUCCUUCUACUCCCUCUCCAAAAGUGUCGCCGGCGAGAGUGGUUUCCGUGCGGGGUUCCUGGAGCUGGUGAACAUGGAGGAGGGCGUCGUGGUGCCGUUCCAGCUGGCACAGUCCAUCCCCCGGCCCUGUGUCCUGGGGCGGAUCCUGCUCGACCUCCUCAUGGACCCACCAGAGGACGGAGAUCCCAUCCAGCAGGCCCUGCAGGAGCACACCCAGGGGCUGCACCGUGACCUGGCCCACAACGCCCGCCUGGUGCAGGAGGUGCUGGGCCGGGCCCCCGGCAUCCGCUGCCGGCCCCUGCAUGGCGGCGCCCGCGCCUUCCCCCGCAUCCAGCUCCCGCCCCGCGCCCUGCGCCAGGCCCGGGCGCUGGGCCUGGAGCCCGAUGUCUUCUUCUGCCAGGAGCUGCUGGAGGCCACGGGGAUGGUGCUGGCCCCGGGGAGCGAGUUCGGGCAGCCAGAGGGCACCCACCACGUGGGGCUGUCCCUGCUGCCGCCGGCCGAGACGCUGGAGCGGGUGCUGCUCACCCUCACCAGCUUCCACGCCGCCUUCCUGCGCCGCUUCUCCUGACGCCGCCUCGCCGCCCAAAUCUGCCAUGGCCUCCUGGGGGACUGUGGGGAUGGGGGGACGCGGCUGUGCCGUAACCGCGCUGGCGGGAGCCCAAGGAAAGGCACAAAGAGCAGACAGAGGCUGUGGCAGCGUUUAUUGGGGUGGCCGCCAUGCCAUGGGGUCCAGUCCCGCUCA